UUUUCAAAAAUCUAUCGUUGCUGUGGACUGGUUGCUAAAUUAAUUUUAAAAAUUGAAAUUAUAAAUGAAAUCUUAAAUAAGAACUAACGUUCCAUAUCUCUGGAUGAAAAUUCCAUUUCUCGACGGCUCUGUGCUUAUUCCCAGUUUAUAAGCAAAUAAGUUUCUCACGUGUAAAGUUAUCGUGAAUUUUUUACUACGAUGUCAAAGGUGAAAUUGAAUUUGAUAGCGGCGGCAUGUGAGAACAUGGGUAUUGGAGCAAAUGGUGCUCUACCAUGGAGACUGAAAAAAGAAAUGGCGUACUUCACCACAAUGACAAGUAAAGUGUCAUCACCAGACAAGACAAAUGCUGUCAUCAUGGGACGUAGAACAUGGGACUGCAUACCAUUGAAGUACAGGCCUUUGCCAAAUAGAGUCAAUAUUGUACUGACAGGACAAGUUGAUGCUAUCAAAGAAACGGUUCCAGAAGGUGUGAUAGUUGUUCCAGGUCUGGAUGAAGCCAUCAGCUACAUUGAAGGUCGAGAGGAUAUUGAGUCCACCUGGGUUAUAGGCGGCUCAUCUAUUUACAAGGCAGCAAUGCAGCAUCCAAACUGUGGCAAAAUAUAUCUAACAGAGAUACAGAAGUCAUUUGACUGUGACACAUUCUUUCCCAACAUCGACAAGCAACAGUUCCACUUGGUGGACGAAGAGGAGGUCCCAGGGGACAGACAGAUGGAAGGCGAUAUUAGCUAUUACUACAGAGUUUAUAAGCGGUUAUAAACUACAAUAAGAAGCCGGGAGACUGACGCGAUUGUAAAGUGAACCAAAUUACAUUUAAUGAAUGAAGAGGUGGACCAAAUUACACCAAGUUCACAAAAGGAGAUACCAGAGGACAUUUAGAUGGACGGAAAUAUAUUUAGGU